AUGAGUUCAAAUAAAAAACCAAAAGUGGAAGAAUCUACAGACAAAAAGCCAACAGACGUUGCGACGACCUUUAAUAAAAACACCGUCGAUACAAAUAUAACAGAAGAUAAACAAAGCUUGAAAAGAAAGAAUUUUGUAAAAGCUUGUGAACAAGUUUCUUUAAAAUCAUUCCUUGAUUAUUAUGAACGAUUUAAAUAUACCGCAGUCUUAGAUUGCACAAAGCAUCAAUGUAUUCACCAGGAACAAAACUGUGAUACAGUGAUUAAGCAAUUACCCGAUGCAGUUGAAAAGUUAUUUGAAAUAGAAGUGCAAUCACAAACAUGGAAUGAUCUUUUGUCCUUAUGUUUGCUGAAUAUAAAUCCAACACAGUAUUUAUCUGAUAAAAAUUUGCAAAAUAUUGUUGAAAUAAUCCUGAACGCCCAUGACGAUGAUAGUGAAUUACCCAGUAUUUUGAAAAAAUGCCAAAAAGUGCUAUCACUAAGUUUUAACAUGCAUCCACCAUGUACAAUGAAAAGUAUCAGAAAGUGCUACAUUAACUUUUUAACAUCACCCAUGGACUUAAAAGAAAGUACAUUUACCAACAGGUCACAAUUUGAAUCCAACAAAGGAAUCGUUAAGUAUUGUCUAACCAGGCUGGAAGCAGAACUUAGCCCAGAAAGUAAGGACGGAAAACUGUUUAAUAAAGAUGAAAACUUACCGGAGGAAUUAAAAAAUACUGUGCAAGGAUACCAUUGGGAAAAACAGAAGUUUGAUAUUUAUGAAAUGUUAGAUCGCCCACAAAGGAUAUAUAGACUAAUGACGGUAUUGGAGAGUUUAAUAGAGCUAUUUCAAAUUGAUUUAGCGAUUUGGCAUUCUAGGUACACCAACAACAUGGGUUCUCAUAUUAUGAGGUCACACAGGCCACUGAUGGCAUAUAUUAUGUGGUCCCAGAACGUUCUGUAUACUGGUGCUGUUACACAAAACACAAGGCAAAUCAUGAGACUGUUUGUUAAUUUCGUUUACCUUGAAUAUUCUGUUUGGCAUAUUAGAAUUAUCACAAUGUGGUUGAAUACUAUGAUUGAAACAUUUUACAUGUUUGAAACUAAGUCCAAUGCUGAUUAUCCCAAUAUUGGAAAGUAUUGCUGUGCAUUUGCGAAAGAGUUUUACAAAAUAAUUUUAGAAAAGCCUUCCACAUCUUUUAUAAGAAUAUUAGAAAAAAUUGAGCCGAAACUUAUGAAAUAUUUAAUCAGUAUACAUCACUUGAAUACUAUUCUACCUGGAACAAAUGAAGAUGACAUUAUAAAUAUUUUUAUAAACUUUAUUGAAAAUGAGGAAUGGAAUAAGUUUCCCAUUAGAGAAAAGAUAAUUGCCUCUCCGAAGCCAUUAAAAACGAAGCAUGUAAAACCAAAUAGACUAUUAGACCAUUUAGCCAGAAAGUGCCAAAAAGCAAUUGAAUCUGUCAACGUUGCUGCUCACAGAAACAUGUAUCCAAAAUUAAGUUUACAUGAGAGUGAGAAUGAUGUUAUUGAUAGAAAUGAUGUCAUAAAUUUGAUUUACAUGUCUUUAGAUGCAUACUUGCAUGUGUACAGAAUAAGUGAAAUUCAAUUUAGGUGGAAUGCCCUUAAUGAUGAUUUAGACAGAGGAAUAUAUUCUUUCAAUGUAAGUGAAGACAGGUCCACUUAUUCAGUAAGUGAAUCUUUCCUCAAAAAAUAUAGAUCCAUAUUUCAAAGAUUAAAGGAUCUUAUGCUAAUAUUGCAUAAUUUAAAAACUAAUAAAACAUUCCCAGAGAUACUUAUGAUUUUCAAAAGUAUUGAUUUGUUAAGUUUGUAA